AUAAAUUGUGGCAACCUGUGGUCUAAGGUGGCAACAUACUUGAUUCGGAAACUGUAAACAAGUUCUAUGAUCAUGAAAUUUAAUUGAUAUCAAAUAAAUCAUGACAAAAUUUCUCGGAUUACUAUGGCUCUUAUUUCUUUGUUCUCUAAAUUUUAUUAAAUGCCAGCGUUUUGGUCAGCCUUCCAAAGUUUUAUUUAGAUAUAGAUCCAAUUCAAAUGAAUUGCGCAGCGAUUUUUACCAAAUUUCAGAUCCUGUUCAUGAGAAUAAAGAUUUUACCGAAAAUCGUAUUAAACGGAGUAUUGUAUCAUCUGCUAAACCAUCUUUAAGUACAAAUUUUUCAUCAAUCUUUCAUCUAAAUGAUAGUCAUGAACGACUAUCUGUUCAUUGGGCUGGAAAAGGAAGUGAUGUCCUAAUUUGUUUGGCUAGAAAUAGAAAUCAAGAUGAUCAUUCUAAUUCAAGCGUUUUCUUUUCGUAUGAUUAUGGGAAGACAUUUGUUGAAAAGCAGUCACAAUUCAUGAGGAUAUCUGAUAAUAAACCAGCUAUAAUAUCUAUGUUCUACAUUAGUCCAGUACUUAACAGUCAUUAUAUAUUUACUGACGUCAUUCAUGACUAUAUUUUUUCAACAAGAGAUUAUGGGAAGACAUUUGAGAAGCAUUCUGUCUCAUUUACCCCGGAUCUUAUUACUAUGCAUCCUACCAGGUCUGAAAUUAUUUUAGGAAUGAGUAAAUCUGACCCAUUAAAGCAGUUAUGGUUGUCAGAAGAUUUUGGUUCUUCAUGGAUUGUGAUCCAACUGCAAGUGAAAGCAUUCUAUUGGGGUAUACCAGGCGUUGACCCUCAAAAUACUGUGUUUGUAGAAAGAAUUGAGCCUCGCAAUUAUACAACAUUGUUAUCCUCUUCUGAUUUUUUCAAGACUUGGAAUAAUACUAAGGAACUUAUGACCCACAUAGAAGAUUUUGAAGUGUGGGAGAAGUACCUGUUUGUUGCUCGUAGACAGCAUUUAAUUGGCUCACGACAUCCUGAUGGAGUGUUACAACUUUGGGUAUCUAUCAACAGACAGCCUUUCAAAAUGGCUGAAUUUCCUAGUCAUCUUGAAAGAAAGGAAAUAUAUGUCUACGAUGUCUCAGAUGAUCAAGUAUUUGUUUGUGUAAUGCAUGAUGAUGAAAUGACUACCAAUUUGUACAUAUCGGAUGUGCAACGAAUGAAGUUCUCUUUAUCCUUAGAAAAUAUUCUGUACAUCAGUUUCACAAAGUCUGAAAUUAACCUUGGUGGAAGUGAUGAACGCCUUGCGGAUAUCCACAAAGUUCGUGGACUCAGGGGUGUCUACAUUGCAACUCAACUAAAAAGUAGCGGAAAUAACUCAAACUUGGAAAAUUUAAUAUCUGUCAUUACUUUCGACAAAGGUGGAGAGUGGAAUCUGUUGAAGCCUCCAGUGAGUGAUCGGAAUGGACAGCCAUUAAAUUGCCAAAUGAGUGAUGGUUGCUCCUUGCAUUUGACUCAGAAAUUUAGUCAGCUAUAUCAACGAUUUCGUACUGUGCCCAUUUUAACCAAAGAAUCUGCCGUUGGUUUAAUUGUUGCAUCAGGAGUUGUUGGCAAAUCCUUAAAGGGCCAUCCAAGUAUAUUUGUUUCAUCUGAUGCUGGAAUUACCUGGCGUGAAGUUCUCUAUGGAAGUUAUAUUUACAUGGUUGGAGAUUUUGGUGGAAUCAUAGUUGCUGUUGCAUCAUUCAGUAAUCAGGAAACUGAUGAAGUUCUGUAUUCAACUGAUGAUGGUGAAACUUGGGAAUCAGUUAAAUUUAUACCUAAUGGUGGAAAACCAUUUAGAGUAUAUGGCUUAAUGACUGAACCUGGUGAAAAAACAACUACUUUUACUUUGUUUGGUUCAAAUAAAGAACAUCGUGAAUGGCUGUUGGUUAAAUUAGACCUUCGCCAUGUGUUUAAACAUGAUUGUCAGUCUGAAGAUUAUAAAAUGUGGAGUCCCCAUGCUCCAAACCGCACUUGUUUACUAGGUAAAGAAGAAAUAUAUGAGCGAAGAAUUUCUCAUACAUCAUGCUAUAAUGGACAAGAUUAUGAGCGACCGAUAAAAACUGAAAAUUGUCCAUGUGAUAGAGAAGACUAUGAAUGUGAUUUUGGUUUUAAAGAAGAAUCUGAUGGUCAUUGUGUCCGAGAUAAUGAAAGUGAAGUUGAUCCACAUGCUAUUCCACAAUCAUGUCAAUCAGGUGGUCUUUACAAUUACACUAAAGGGUAUCGAAAAGUACCUGGUGAUACUUGUAAGGGAGGAAAUGAUUUCUUGUAUGAACCAGAAAAAAAGUUCUGUCCUAUUGAAGAUAAUGCAGAGUUUUUACUUGUUGCUGAAUUACAAAAGAUUAGUAGGUUGGAUAUUAAUUCUGUGACACCUCACCUGAUGGAGGUUCCUUUAGAAAGUGUACACAAUGUUGUUGCGCUUGAUUAUCAUUAUGGAAAUCAUUGCAUUUACUGGCAAGAUACUAAUGAAGAAAAAAUAUUUCGGCGUUGUUCUCAUCCUGAUCAAGCAAAUGAAGUUAUUGCUGAAUCUAAUAUGAAAUCUGUUGAAGGAUUAGCUUUAGAUUGGAUCAGCAACAAUAUAUACUUUUCUGAUAGAGAAAGAUCAGCUGUAGAAAUUGUAAAAGCUAAUCCAUCAUCAAGACAACUGAGAAGAACUAUUCUCAAUGGAACCCAUGUUGACAAACCUAGAGGAAUCGCUGUCCAACCUAUUAAAGGAUACUUAUUUUUAGCAGAUUGGAGUGAAACGAGGCCCUCCAUAUCUCGUUCAUAUUUAGAUGGUUCUCAUUAUACUGUGUUAUUUGAUAGUAGCAUAGUCACUUGGCCGAAUGGUGUUGCUGUUGAUCUUGCUGAUGAUUUAAUAUUUUGGACUGAUGCAAAAUUAGAUUACAUUGCUUCUGCUUCAUUAGAUGGUAAAAAUAUGAAAUAUGUUAUUAGAAACAAGGAACAAGUACCUCACCCUUUUGCUGUAGCAGUAUAUAAAGAUUGGAUUUAUUUUGAUGAUUGGACUAAGGAAGCUAUUGUAAUGGCUAGUAAACAUGAUGGCUCUGGAAUAAAUACACUGUCUAGAACAACUCAUAGAGCCAUGGAUAUGAAGAUAUUCGCCCCAUCACUACAAAAAGGCUCAGGGCCUUGUAGUGGUCCAUUUAAUGGUAAUUGUAGUCAUUUUUGUGUUGCCUAUCCUGAUGGCUCUCAUGUUUGUUUAUGUCCAGAAUGGGCAAUCAAAACUAAAUUGAACAAUGGCUCUGAGAUUUGUUCCUGUUCAAAUGGUAGUGCUCUUCUGGCCAAUGGUACAUGCAGUGAAAGUGACUCUUCCGUCCACUGUAAAGCUGAUGAAUUUAAGUGUUCAAACAGCAAGUGUAUUCCAAAAUCAAAAAUGUGUGAUGGUUCAAAUGAUUGUGGAGACUACAGCGAUGAAGGAAAACAAUGUGAUUCAACUUGUGAUGGUGGAAAAUUUAGAUGUAAAAAUGAUCGUUGCAUUCAUUCUACCUUUGUUUGUGACUUUGAUGAUGAUUGUGGAGAUAUGUCAGACGAGCUCAAUUGCAAGUAUCCUGAAUGUAGUGCAAGUCAAUUCCAGUGUGCAAAUGGUCGUUGUAUCAGACGAGAAUAUUUAUGCGAUUUUGAUGAUGAUUGCCAUGAUGGUUCAGACGAAUCCAACUGUACAAGUCCUGAAAGGACAUGUCGUGAAAAUGAAUUUUUAUGUCAAAGUGGUCAACAAUGCUUACCAAUGUCUUGGAGAUGUGAUGGAGAUUCAGAUUGUCAUGAUGGCAGUGAUGAAAAGAACUGUCGAAAUAUGACCUGUGAAUCAUGGCAGUUUAAGUGUGGUAAUGGCCGAUGUAUUUUUAUGUCUUGGCAGUGUGAUACCCAAGAUGAUUGUGGUGACAAUACUGAUGAGAUUAAUUGCACUACAUCAACUGUCAAACCUUCUUCCACUACUCCUAGUAGUGUUACAACUGGGGAGCCUGGUCACUGCUCAACAUGGAUGUUUAGAUGUAAUUCUGGCACUUGCAUUCCUUUCUGGUGGAGAUGUGAUGGUGUCAAUGAUUGUGGUGACAUGUCUGAUGAGAAUAUGUGUGGAGAUAAGACUGAUGAAAGAAAUUCCUCUUCUACUACUGAAGUCACACCUAUCAAUAAAAAUCAAACUAGCUGCGGAGAAAAUAGAUUUAGAUGUAAAUCUGGUACUUGUAUUUGGAGUUCAUGGUUAUGUGAUGCCUUGAUUGAUUGUCCUGGAGGAGAAGACGAAGAGAAUUGCAAAGCUGAUGAAGAGUGUGGACUAGAUUAUUUUAGAUGUGUGCACAGUGCUGGUUGUAUUUCACACAAACUUGUUUGCAAUGGUAAAGAAGAUUGUGGAGAUGGAAGCGAUGAAUGGGGCUGCCAGUUUGGCAAUGAUACUUCGUCACCUUUAUCUUGCUCAUCUCUUCAAUUUCUAUGCUCUACCGGUGAAUGUAUUGGCAUGAAUCAAUUGUGUGAUCAUAAUAAUGAUUGUCCUUUAGGGGAAGAUGAAAAAACUUGCUCAGACACAGCUUAUUCCUUCAAAGUUCGUAAUUUGAUGGUCACAAGAGAUUCAAUCAAUUUACACAGCUUUAAAAUUCAGUGGGAUCCUCCAGUUGGACAACCUCAGCUGGAUUUUGAAUACAAACCUGCUUUUAGGGAGGCAACAGCUUCUGAUUGGCUAAAUAAGACUUGGAUUAAAGAUAACAACUAUAAAUUUGAACAGCUGAAAUCUGGUACAGCUUACGUUGUAACAGUUUACACUCGAUUAAAAUCUCAUCCUGAAGUGGCGUCUCCAACUGAGUUUCUCACCAUUACCACAGAAUGGGAAGCUCCCAUGUACCCACAACAUGUCCAUGUAAACAUUUACCAUGCAAAGCAUGUGCUUGUGACCUGGAUGCAACCAUCUAAUAUGAAUGGUAUCACUGGUUAUCAGAUUUACUUUUCACCUCCAUAUCCUCCGCAUUUUGAAAAAGUACAAGAAUUAGUUUUGUCUCAUGAAAUCAAAUUUGAAUUUGUACCAGGUGUCAACUAUACAUUUUGGAUGACAUCUUUGAAUAGAGAUUUAGAAGGUCCCAAAUCAGAUCCAUUUGUCAUUGAAUUCGCUCAAGAUUCAGUCUUGAGUCCUGUGAGAAAUCUUCACGUUGUAUCUACAACUGCUAGCUCUGCAACUGUUGCCUGGUACCCACCAUCUGAUAGAGGAAAAGGUUAUACUGUAACUUACUGGCCUGAAUAUCUCGAUGAAAACUUUGCCCUUUUUACCCCAUAUGGUAUAACGACCAGGCAAAACACAACUAAAGAAACCAUAACUCUCAAAGAACUUGCCCCUGGUGCAAAGUACAUUUUCAAGAUAUAUGCUUGGAAAGGUGACUUUAAAGGACCAGUCGAGGUGAUAGAUGUAAUAACAAAAGGUGUUCCAUUACCUAAUGUUACGUUGUUGGCUAAAACAUCAGUUACUGAAAAUUCUAUAGAAAUCUUUUGGGAAGCUCCUAAAUAUGUUACACCUGUUGAGUGGUCCUAUGGGAUAUAUGUGUAUUCUUCACUCUCACAUUCUUAUGAAUUGUAUGAUAUAACAACAGACACAAAUACCACAAUAAAGCAUUUAUCUUCUUGUACGAUAUAUGAGUAUGAGGUAAGAGUGGUUCAACCCCUUGGUUUCGGACCUGCUGGAAGUGGCUAUGCUGUAACUAAAUUUGAUAAAUUAGAUCCACCACGGGAUUUAACUGUGGAGCAUACAUCUCUGGAUUUCAUGAAGAUUUCUUGGAAAUCUUCUUGUGCUGUAAUAGAAGAAGAAAUCGGCUAUAAGGUUUUGAUCAAAGAUUUAGCCUUAAAUAAACAACACUGGAUUGGUAUUGCACCCAGAACUGACCAUGAAAUAUCCUUCCAAUAUGCUAUUCACAUGGGUGGUAAUUAUUCAGUUGAAGUUCAAACGAAUUUCAGAAAUUCAAGGCCAGCCAGUCCUGUGCUCUACAUUCCACCAUCUUUACCACGUGUUUUUGAAGUGAAAGCUAUUCGAGAGAAAAAUGGUUCCAUUUUUGUUACCUGGGAAGAAGUAAAUUGGCCUACAGAAUUGAAAGACCACAAAUUUGUCUACUGUAUAUGGUUGAGCAGUUUCAGAGACAUGACUGGUGCAUUUCAGUACAACGUCACAAAACCGCCAUUCUUUCUGGAUUCUUAUCCUUUUGCUUGGGACACUGUAUAUCUUACAAUUAAUGUGGUGGAAGAACAUGGUUAUUCUAGUCCUUUAUCUGAUGUAUUUGAUCUUGGAAGUGAUGAAAGAUAUGCAGCAUCUGUUGUUCUCACUCCAACAAGUCUAGUCGGUGUUGGUGUUGGCAUAUCUAUUGUUUUUAUAGUACUCAUUGGCACAUUAAUAUUCUUUGUUGUGCGCCAUCGUCGAUUGCAAAGAAGCUUUUUGUCUUUUGCAAACAGUCACUAUGAUACUAGAUCUGGUGCUGCUACUUUCUCAACUGGAGAUGACUUAGAUGAAGAGGAGGAAUCUCCAAUGAUCCGUGGUUUUUCUGAUGAUGAACCCUUAGUGAUAGCUUAAGUACUUUGAAGAGUUAAUGUUUUUAACAUUUGAACUUGCCAUGAGAGAAAUUUAAGUCAUUAUUGCUUUUCAUUUAUUUCAGAAUAUUUUUUAAUGUAUCUUGAGAAAUAUUUUAUACUUUUUAGUGCAUUUAUUGUUGUCAGAAAUAGUUAUUUCUCAAAAAUGCUUUGUAAACGGUUACUUUAAAAAUAGCAUUAUACUUUUUUGAUAGACUUUGAGUAUUGAAUUUUUGUUAAACAUUGCACAUUGUAUUGCUAAUUGGAACAUAAUAAUAAUUACUUACAUAUACUUUUAUUGCAUUUUUUAUAAAAAUUGAUAUUUUAUCUUUCUGUCCUUAAAUUCAUCUUUAAUGAGAUAUCAAUUAUUACAGAUUUCUUUAAUUUAUAUUAAUUCAUUCUUUUGACUACAAAAAUAUCUAAAAUUUUUGAAAUCUGAAGAAAGUUCAAUCACCUGAUUUGUUUUUUCUCCCGCUUCCAAUGAACCUUUUUUUUUCCUUGUAAGUUCUUUUUCCUCCCCCCAUAUUUUUCCCUUUACCUAAGAGCCAGGCGUUAGCAGAGCAAAAUAUUUUAUCUUCAUUUUCAAAUUUGUUAUUUUAUAAAUCACUGCUGUUUUAAAAGGAUGUUACACCUUGGGAGAAACUUUUCAUCACAAAUUCUGUUUUAUCUUCAUUGGUGUUUUAAAGUUAAAAGAAAGUGAAUCCAGUCAUACCUAGAGUAAGCCAUGAAGUUUGAAACAUUGAAAAAAUAUUUUCAAAAUACCAAAAUCCAAACAAAUUAUUGGAGAACUUUCCCACAACACAAAUCCUCUCAUAAUUUGUUAACAUUUCAAUAUUUUGAAAAUUUUUCAGUGUUUGAAAUUUCAUUGUUUGUCUGAACCCACUCUUUCUAAACUUAAGUUUUUAAAUGACUUACGGAGUUGAAAGAGAAUUUGCCGUGAAGGAAUUCUUCCAUGGUAUAGCAUCCUUUUAAUAGAGAAAGUUUUUAAUCUCAUAAAGAGAACUGAUAACUUUUUUUUACUCUGCUAUAAUGGUUUUAAUUAUUAUAAAAAUAUUAGAAAACAACAAAACUUAUCUUUAUACAAUUCUCCUUUUUUAAACAUUUUAUUUCUUAACUGAGCAUUUACUCUCAUCAUAAUAAUUUGUUUCUAUUUUAAUCUUCGGAAUCUUAAAGAAUCGGAACUUUCGGCCGUUUUAAAUUUUUUUAUGCAGUUUUCCACUUAAAUUACGAAUUUUAUGUAUUUAAAAUUCACCAAAUAAAGUUCUCUAUAUAAAUGCUGUGAAUUAGGUAUUUGAACUGAUGUAAUUUCAAAAAUUAUUAUUUUUAGAUAUUAUUAAAACGUUUCCUCACACGUUUAAUGCUUUCUUGUAUUUAUAUUUUAUCCAAGUCUGGCUUUGCACAGUUCACUUUUAAGAGCUUGAUAAAUUAAGUAUUUAUAUACUUGUGACUGUAAAUGAUUGUUUAUUAGAUCUACUAGCAUGUAAUACAUAGAAAUGGAUUUAACAUUUAAAGAAUUGAUAUAAGUUUUCACAAAGCUUUUCGAGUACAAUGUCCUGACUAAAUUUACAUUCUUUUGUAAAAGAAACAUAAAACUGUGAUAUUGAUCUAAAAUGUUUCAAGACUUAAUAUUUCUUGCCACCAUUCAAAUCUAUAGUUUCAUUCCAACUUUGUAUAUUAUGUUUGAACACUUUCACUUUAGUUUUUCUGAAAUAUUAACUCAUACUUUAAAUGAAAUCUUACCUAACUCAUUAACAUGUAAGCAGUUAUGAUAAUUGUUGUAAUAUAAAGAGUUUCUAUGGUAUUAUAUAAUUUAUAUGUUGUUUUGUCCGGAUUUAUAUAUACCUAUAUGUAUAUUUGUAUUUUAUUCCAGAGUACACACUCUAAAUUUGUCCCUUUGUUUGUAAGAAUAUGUGUUUUAUAUUUACUAUUUUUGCAUUUACCCUUUAUGUGAUAUUUCCUUUACGGAUUUUGUGAUAUAUGUUAAUCAGUUGAUGUACUACUGAUUUCUGUUGCUUUUCAGUAACUUUUGAAAAUGAGUUUUACCUUCAGAUAUUUAAUGUAUCGUUCCUUAGUAUAAAAAAUAUGUAGGCAAACUCUGCAAUCAUGUUUUCUAUAGAAAAACUGACAAUAUAUUGCUGUAUCACAAUUCGUUACCUGAAAAUGUUUUGAUACGACUUAUUUUAAGACUCAAUAAUUAUAAUAUGAAUCAAUAAUUUUAAUUUUGUUCUUCAAGUGUUCUUUUAUCAUAUGGAAUAACUCUUUUUAGAAAUUUUAUCGCUGUUGUAGGUUCAUAGGAGUUUUUCAUGACCGUUAGGUUAAAUUUUGUCCACCUUUUGAGCAUCUUGUCAUCGUCUACCAUGUUAAUUAUCUAUCAUUUUUUGACAGUUAAGUAGAAACUACAAUGUAUUGCUGGACCACAAUUGGCUGCAUAAAAAUGUCCUGAUAUGAAUUUUUUUAUUAAAAAUAGCAAUAGUUUUAUGUUUGUUAUUCAAGCACUGAAAUGUUCUCUUACAAAUCACUUAAUUUUUUUUUAAUCUAAAAAGUUAAUAUUUUUUGUCAUAUAAUAAUAUAAAAUUACCAAUACAACUAUUGUAGUUUUUAAAAGCAAAAAAAGGAUAUCUUUGAUUGUUUGAUGCAUUUUAUAUUAAUUUUACAAGAAAAUUUUUGUAUAAUUUUUUUUCUUUUAUUUCUGUUUAUUAGCUCUCAAUUAAUCAGAGAAUGUUACCUGUAUGUUGUAACUCUCAUCGUAACAACGUCGAUCUCAUGUAAACAACAUCGUUGUACUGUUCACUUUUAAGAUGAGCCUUUUCGUAGUUUCCAUGCAAUGUCAUUAUUCUUUAUUUAGUUAUAAUUCUAUAAUCAAUAUUUUAAAUGAUUCUGUUUUUAAAAAAACUACAAUAAAAGAAGUUAAACUCUUAAAGAAUAAUAAAAUGCAAUUCCCAAUUAUUAGAAACUUCUAAAACAUUCGAACUGAAUUUGGUUAAAAAUGCAUUAAUCAAAUUCGUAAUUUCUAAAUGUAUAUUUCAUUUGAGUUUUUAUUUUAAUGAAAAAGUUGUAAUAAGAAAUAUUGUUGGUGCAGCAUUGUGAAAUAUUUUUUAAAAUUUGCUUUUAAAAAUUUUUAAUUCAUCACGAAAUCGUUUGAUUAUAACAAAAAAAUACAGAUGGAAUAUCUCAGCUUUUCUCUUAAGAUUAAAACCAACUAAACUUAUAUGUCUUUUUAAGUACAAUUUCAUCGGAUCAUCUUGUAACAAGCUCCAAAAACUCCAAGGCCCUUUUCUCUAAAAGGUGUAUCUAGACACUUUUUGUGUAAAAAAAUGUUCUACAGCAAUUGUUUGCAAGUUAUAAAAGAAAACUUUGUGUCAACAUUAUAAAAGCUACUAAGUAUACAGUUUUUUAAUGUUAAAUAAGCUAAGAGUUGACUCAAACUAUAGUUUAAACUUUUUCCUUCUGGCAGAAGUUCAUGUAAAGUUGUUUUAGCAUUUAGUUUGCUUUUAUGUGUUGCAUUUAAAAAACUUAAAAGAGGCCCUUCCUCUCCAGACGGAACUCAAUUGUCGAAGGGGUGGAGGAAAAAUUCUAAAUAUGCUUUUAAUCCUUUUUAUUUAUUUUUCACAAAUAAACUGAUGAUGGAUAUUUACUCCAUUUGAUAGUAUCUUUCGAUACAUGCAACAUACAAGGUCGCCACCCAAAACUUCCAAGACGGUGAGGGUAGUGGCCUCUUAACUAGUGUAUCUAGUUUAGUAACAUCUUUUAACCAAGAGUCAACAUAGGCAAUUAUUGCGAAACUGUUAUCCUUUUAAUUGCACAUUAGUACCAUUUUUUGUAUUUUUAAACGUUGAAUGAAGUGGUAAAAUUUUUUUAAUAUGUUUUUAAUAAAACGUGAUUUAUUUCCUUUUCAUGAUUUCUUUAUAUUCCAAGAGUGGUGAAAAGUUUAACAGUAUCUUGCCGUCUUUAGUAAUGGAGAUGUGAUCUAUGACAGAAUCUUAAUUUAUUUCUUGUAGAUUAAUUUUAUGAGAUUGUGAAGAACUGAUGGAAUAGAUUUGUAAAUAAAAGUGUUUGUUUCAAUAAAAAUUGUUGUCACAAGAAA